GUAGAAAAAAUGUCCACCUUCCUUACGGUUGGCCUUCUCCUGCUCUUUGUGGUGGACUAUGGUUCCUCUGAGAACUCCAGCACUCCACGAGGAUGUGGACUGGAUCUCCUCCCUCAAUAUGCUGCCCUGUGUGAUCUGGAUGCCAUCUGGGGAAUUGUGAUUGAGGCUGUGGCCGGCGCGGGAGUCCUGACCACGCUGCUCCUCAAGUUGAUCCUGCUGGUGAGGCUGCCUUUCAUCAAAGGCAAGGAGAAGAGGAGCCCGUUGGGCCUCCAUUUCAUCUUCUUCUUUGGGACCUUGGCCCUGUUUGGCUUGGCCUUCGCCUACAUCAUCGAAGAAGACGAGACCAUCUGCUCCAUCCGCAGGUUCUCCUGGGGAGUCCUCUUCGCCGUCUGCUUCUCCUGCUUGCUCGCUCAAGCCUGGCGGCUCCGGAGGCUGGUCCGCCACGGCAAAAGCCCAUCGGGAUGGCAGCUGGCCGGGAUCGCCGUCUGCGUUGCGCUGGUCCAGGUCAUCAUUGCCUCCGAGUGGCUGAUACUGACGAUUGUGAGGGAGGGGAAGCCGGCCUGCCGCUACGAGCCCAUGGAUUUUGCCAUGGCUUCCAUUUACGUGAUGUUCUUGAUGGUGGUCACCUUGUCUUUCUCCUUCUUCACGUUGUGUGGGAAAUUUAAGAAGUGGAAGAAGAAUGGGGCGUGCCUGGUCGUCACCAGCUUCUUCUCCAUCCUCAUCUGGGUGGCUUGGCUGACUAUGUACCUGUACGGUAACAAGGAACUGGGGAGAAGAGAUCAGUGGAAGGAUCCCACCCUCGCAGUGGCUCUGGUAGCCAACGGCUGGGUCUUCCUGAUCUUCUACGCCAUCCCAGAGGUCCACUGUGCCAUCCUGCCGUCUCAGCAAGAGAACACACCCAACUACUUCGACACCACGCAGCCACGGAUGCGCGAAACGGCUUUUGAGGAUGACCUCCAGCUUCCCCGGAGCUACAUGGAGAAUAAAGCUUUUUCGAUGGAUGAACAUAAUGCAGCGUUACGGACGGCAGGAUUUCGCAACGGCAGCUUAGGAAGCCGUGCAAGCGCUCCCUUCCGAAGCAACGUCUACCAGCCCACCGAGAUGGCGGUUGUCUUGAACGGUGGGACUAUUCCAACCGCGCCACCGAGUUACACUGGAAGACACCUUUGGUGAAAAGCUUAGAGGCCAUAGAGGAAGAGAGACAGACAGACAGACAGAAUCCAUUAACAAAAUAUUGAUUGCCCACCCCCUCUACCUCCCCCCCAAAAGUGUGUGUGUUUUUGUCAGAGGGAGGAAAUCCAUCGGGGAGGCUUGUGCAAAGUCCUAGAAACUGAUAGCUCGGAGUUCUUGUCUCCUUUUUUUUUUUUUUUUAAUAAAAUGAAUAAAUGGAACAAAAAAAGAAAAAGAAAAAACAUGAGCACUGUCAAAUCGAUAAGCUAACUACCAGGAACCUCCACGGUGCAAUAAGAAGCUGACCGAUUUUAAACAGUAAACCUAGGCACAUGUCUUCUUCUUUUUAAAAUAGAAAAGGGAGAGUGGGGGGGAGAAAAGGGCUCAAGUAGCCAAAAUCACAAGGAAGUUUGAGAAAGCGUGAAGGCUUUGGAAGGGGCUAAACUAAAGGUUUUUAAUUCAGGUAAUCGUGCUUCGUGUGUGAUUUGUCCACACAAGGGGGACUUUUGACUUUUUUUGCUACUCUUUAAACAGCAUUCAUGUGUGUGUGGGAGGGGGGAGAGAAAUUUAGAUCAGGGAUGGUCUCCAAAUUCCACAACUUUUAAGACUGGUGGACUUCCACUCCCAGAAUGCUGGAUGAGGCAUUCUGGGAAUUGGAGUCCACCCAUCU